GCUGGCGCUGCAGCCGGAUCCGGAUGCGGCGCUGUGACCGGCCGGGAGACUGACGCGCCUGGAGGGGAGCGUGGAUCGCUUCGGUGUGAUUUUACUGGAAAGAUGAAACCCGAUGAAACGCCUAUGUUUGACCCAAGUCUGCUUGAAGAAGUGGACUGGAGUCAGAAUACAGCCACAUUUUCUCCAGCCAUCUCUCCAAAGAAUCCUGGAGAAGGCUUGGUUUUGAGGCCUCUUUGUACUGCAGACUUGAAUAAAGGUUUUUUUAAGGUACUGGGUCAGUUGACAGAGACUGGCGUCGUCAGCCCCGAGCAGUUCAUGAAAUCUUUUGAGCAUAUGAAGAAGUCUGGGGAUUACUAUGUUACAGUUGUGGAAGAUGUGACCCUAGGACAAAUUGUUGCUACGGCAACUCUGAUAAUAGAACAUAAAUUUAUCCAUUCGUGUGCUAAGAGAGGGAGAGUAGAAGACGUCGUUGUUAGUGAUGCAUGCAGAGGGAAGCAGCUCGGCAAACUGUUAUUAUCAACUCUGACUUUGCUAAGCAAGAAGCUGAACUGUUACAAGAUCACCCUUGAAUGUCUACCACAAAACGUUGGCUUCUACCAAAAGUUUGGCUAUACAGUGUCUGAAGAAAAUUACAUGUGUCGGAGGUACCUAAAGUAAAGAACACAGUCAAGAUAAUGCUCCGGGGCUUUCCUGUUCAUCUGUUGCUGCAGCCAAGUGAGCUCCAUUCCUUCUAGACUGGAAGCAACCGUAGCAGUGACACAAGAGCAUGCCUGUGCUGCUGCGACUGCUCUGCGUCACAAGAAUACACAUGAUCAUAAAGGGGUGAUUUUUAACCAAAGGAAUAUAUUUUCAACUUGAAUCUUUUCUUGCAUUGUAUUUUUCUAAAGUUUGUCUUCAUUUCUGAAGUAGUCAAGAGUAAGGGUGGUAAAGAGUUGUAUCUGCUCUGUGCUGCUCAUUUUUAAAUGUAUGUAUAUAUACUGAAUAAGGCUUUUAUCACAUGAAAUUAUCUUUGCCUCAUUUACCUAAAUAGACUUAAGGGUGCAUCAUUUCUCACAUUAUAGGGAGUUGGACACAUCUAUUGUUAUAACUAGAUCAUCUAAACAUUGCUGAUCCUAAUACUCCACAUACUUGGACAAGGUACAACAGCUGAAAUAACUAUUUUACUAAGUGUUGGUACAGUUCUGUGCAGACACCACACCACCUGUCUCAUCUGUCAAGUGAUGUCAGAAUUCCCAAGGGCAGGUCUAGAGACCCACGGUUCUUUCAUCAGUGGGUGAGCACCCUGGUUUCCAUAUCAUGGGCAUCUGAAGCUUUUGAGCUGCCAAAAAAAAAAAAAAAAAAGUGUGGUACCGUCUUUGUUCCAUCCUUAAAAAAAGUAGCUUUUCUAUUUAUAUGAUUAUAAUGGUAUUAUUCUGAUCAUUGUCCUGCUUUAUUUAUUUUAAUGAUUUUUAAAGGUAGAAUUAGACACUUUUUAACAAUGGUUCUAAUCAUUUUUGUAUUCCAUGUUAUUUACAUUAAACUUGUUUAUAUGAAUAGUC